CCUAAUUCGCCCACCAAAAGCGACCCAGCAACCAGCAACCCAAACACGAAAAACUACACCACCGCCUUCCCCACCCUCCCACCCGCCACCCCCCAAACCCACGCCCACAUCCUCAACCUACUAUCCCCUCCCGCGCACCCAACCCUCCAAGACACCCUCGUAACAACCCUCUACCACGCCUCCCCCUCGACGCUAUCCCGCUUCCUCGACCCAACCGUGCACACCUUCAAACAAGUGCUAGGAAAAGGGGAUAUAAAGUUAGUAAUUUGGCGCAAAGGGGUUGAAGUUUUUAUUGGCAUGUUUGAAAAUCAUACGCAGCUCAAGGUUUUCCGCUUCCCUUGGCUGGCGGGCUUGCUGGUCGGAUACGAUGGGUGUUGGCGCGUUACGUGUGUGGCGGCGAAUGCGUAUGCGGCGACGCGGUGGAGUGAUGUUUGGGUGGGCAAGUUUGAGUGUAGGGGUGGGGUGGAGAAGAUGAGGGUUUGGAGUGGGGAUGAAGAAGGGGUGGAGAUGGGGGUUAGGGAGAUGGGGGGGAAGGUGCUUGGGGGCAGGUUUUGGGAG